AGGAGGGGGGGGCAGUAGGAGGAGGAGGUGAAGCGGAUAGCAGUGAGGGACAUCGGGACGAUUUCUUGUGUUGGCAUCGUGGAGGUGAGUCGUGUGUGCGCCGAGAAGUGUGUCUGGCCUCUGCCUCGUUGUAAGGUGUUGGUUUGGUGGUGUUCCUGUUGUAUGUCGGGAAGGUAUGUUGUACACUGUACAGUGGUGGUGUUGGCGUGUGACCGUGUGUAGUGAAGGACCUUUGCCCGUUUCUCAUGAACGAGAUGUAUUUCAGAUGAUAGGAAGUGUUGCUUGGCACUUCGUGGAACGGAGUGUACAACAAGGGGCGGUGUAUACGACGAGGGACAAGGUCGGGUCAUGCCGGCCAUCCCUAAACAUGGAGCAAGCAAGUCUCGGGCGUCAGUCAGGAGGUGGAGCACGACCCGCCACAAAUCUGGCACAGGCGUCCCUACAACUGCGCAACUGCGCAUUACCAACUUCGUGGAGGCGCAUGUGUUUCACUCUUCAGAAGAUGACGCAGACCGAGGAGUGUGGUUCGGCACAGGUAUGGGCCGGGCCGUUUCACCGCCUCCAUGAGGCGUACAGGCUAUCAGGAACUGUUCUGUCCAGGGUCUCUUUUUAACCCUGGUUCUGUCUUGGUGUUAAAGGUAA